UAUACCUGCUCGUAUUAUAAAGGUUAUUAUCGACGCACGGAAGCCUGUUGACCUGCUUAAAAUUGCGCGACGAUAAUACCCAGUACAUGUAAUUACAGUAGAAGAACUUUUCCUUAACGUCCGAAGUAACGAACAUCGAUACAAUAGCGUGAUAAAUGCGAUUUUUUUCCAGUAUACAUCGUUACUGCUUUUUUCUCCGUAUCGUUUCGUCGAGAUUCAGUUUCAUUCCGCGCAACAAGUUCUACAACCGCCCGCUGGUUGGUUCACUGACACGGGCGUCGACGCCACGACGACGACGACGAUGACGACGACGACGACGACGGCGAUGAGGAGGACGAGGAGCGGCGACGGUGCCGAGGUUGCGCGGCCGAUCGCCACACAUUCGACGCCGGGACGCCAUCGUCGAAGGACGCAUGAAUAUGUAUACUGUCGCGGCGAUCGCCGGCGACUCGUAUGAACCUCGUCGUCGAAAGGACAAUUUUUGCGAUCCUCCGCGUGAAACAGCCGCCGCGAUAUCGCUGUAAAAUUUGCACCGAGUGGUGUCAGUGAACUUUGACUCCUCGCUCGCCGAUAGGCUCUCCGGAAGGCCCCACCGGAAAAUUCAGAACCGGCAUCUUUGAUCUGACCAUACCACACGGUGGAUAUCUCCAUUUCUCUUAUUUCUUUCGCGAGGGUGAAGUUUGUUCUGUCUGGUGAAAAUUCCAUCUGCGUCCUGUGUAAAUUCCUGCAGGAAUAGGAUUUUUCUGAGCUUCGUAGAAGUUAUCAAUCCGAUAACUUCCAGGCUCCCCUCUCCGCAAAUCCAUCUGAAUUCUUUCCCAUAAACGUAAAAACGCGAACCAAGUGGGAACGCGCUGGAAGUGGCGGCGGCCUCGCGCGGAUGAUCGCGACUGAAAAUCAGUUGGGCUCGCGUGCCGGCUCCGGACUGGGGCAGUACGAGGAGGCGGCAGCGACGAUAACUAACGGCAACGGGGGUGGCGGCAACGGGACCGGCGGCAACGGGGGUAGUGCAGCCGCCGUGGACGCGACGACACUGGAGAACGCAGGUACCGCGAUGAAAAAAGAGGAGCAGGAGGGCGGCGCCGCAACGCCGACGCCCCCGACGGCGGCGCCGCCGAUGCCGGGGGUGGACGACGAGGACGAGGACGAAGAGGAAGACGCCGAGGAAGAGGAGGAAGAGGAGGAAGACGACGAGGAGGGUGGAAUCGCGGUGGAGGGUGUGACGACUGCGGCGCGGGAGGAGAUCGGGGGUAUGUUGGCGGGUGAAGGUGGGGGUGGAGGCGGCAUGGCCGGCUACUGGAGGCAAAGUAGACCCUCCAGUCCCCGCAUGCCGCCUCCGGAGCAGUCGGAGCAGCCGAGGCCCAAGAGCCGGCAGCACGAGCCUACCGGCGCGAGAUACAACAACCUCGGCUACUGGCGGGCGAGAAGAGUCACUUUCUACAAAAAUGGCGACCCCUACUUCCCCGGCGUGGAAUUCAGAUUCAAGCCUGGCCGCGAUAUUGGCUCGCUGGAGGCUCUCUUGGACCGGCUGUCCCUGCGGCUGGAUUUACCAAGGGGCGCGCGUCAUAUCUUCUCGAUGGAUGGCGACCGGAAAAUCAGUCUCGACGAACUUGAGGACGGCGCCUCCUACGUAGUGUCUAGCUACAAAACAUUCAAGCCGGCCAGCUAUGGGAAGAAGAACAAUACCUGGUACACAAAUCCUGCUCCCGGGGGCGGCGGGGGUAGCAGGAGCGGCGCCGUAAGGACCGGAAGUGGGGCUGCUGGCGGAUGGCAAAGUAGACCACCAGCAGUAGCGAGUCUCAGUAGGAAGGCUUCCAUCAGUGACGAGGCACCGCCCCCAGGCGGGGGUGGAAAACCCUCAUCGGGCCGUGUCAUCCGCAUUGUCAACAACCACGACCACACCGUGCAGUGCCGGGUUCUGUUAAAUCUUCGCACGUCACAACCCUUCGAGGAAGUCCUCGAGGACCUUGGGCAAGUGCUGAAGAUGAACGGAGCUAAGAGGAUGUUCACCGUUUCAGGGCAAGAGGUGAGGAGCUUCUCACAGCUGAGAAACGAAUUCGCCGACGUAGACACAUUUUACCUCGGCACUGGGUCGGUCCUGGCCGGUGCCAUUACGUCUCCAGCGCGAAGAUCACGGUCGCGUGGUCCAUCCACUGUCGUCGAAGAGGUCGGUCGUCAAAGAAGAGCACGCAGCAAGAGCAGACCUCGCGCCUUGUACGCCGCCGAUUCCGAAGUUGUUCGAGUGAACGAUUAUAGUGUGGUGGAGGUGUUGCGCGAGGAGCCGGCUAGAGUGACGAUUAGAGGUCUCAGACGCUCUUUCUACCCGCCUUCGCACUUACCUCCCGUUGACAAUUCGCCACCAGAGAAAAAGCUGCAACUAGAGUGGGUGUACGGUUAUCGGGGCACCGACACCCGUCGAAAUCUCUGGGUAUUACCCAGCGGCGAAUUGUUAUAUUACGUUGCUGCCGUAGCUAUACUCUUUGAUCGAGAAGAGAACGCGCAGCGGCACUACAUCGGUCAUACGGAGGAUAUCACGUGCAUGGAGGUUCAUCCCAGUCGAGAACUCGUGGCGUCCGGUCAGAGAGCCGGCAGACACAGAAAGGCUCAACCGCAUGUACGCAUUUGGUCCACGGAGACCCUUCUCACCCUUUACGUGUUCGGCAUGAGCGAGUUUCAAAUGGGCGUAUCGGCACUUGCGUUUUCGCAGUUGAAUGGCGGUAGUUACGUGCUUGCUGUAGAUGCUGGAAGAGAAGCCAUAUUGUCGGUAUGGCAAUGGCAAUGGGGUCAUUUAUUGGGCAAAGUGGCGACCAUGCAGGAGGAUCUCACAGGUGCGGCGUUUCACCCACUGGACGAUAAUCUCUUAAUAACGCAUGGACGCGGUCACUUGACCUUUUGGAACCGUCGAAAAGACGGUUUCUUCGAACGAACCGAUAUCAUUAAACCCCCGUCGCGUACGCAUGUGACGAGCAUCCAGUUCGAGCAAGACGGUGACGUUGUGACGGCGGACAGCGACGGCUUUAUCACGGUGUACUCAGUGGACGCGGACGGUGCGUAUUUCGUUCGAAUGGAGUUCGAAGCGCACAACAAAGGCAUUAGUUCUCUCGUCAUGUUGUCGGAGGGUACAUUGCUCUCUGGUGGUGAGAAAGACCGCAAAAUCGCCGCUUGGGACUCGCUACAGAACUAUAAACGCAUCACUGACACAAAGCUGCCAGAAUCGGUAGGUGGAGUGCGCAGUAUAUAUCCGCAACGUCCUGGCAGAAACGACGGCAAUAUUUACGUCGGGACAACGCGAAACAACAUCCUGGAAGGCUCUUUGCAAAGAAGGUUCAACCAAGUAGUGUUCGGCCACGGUAGACAACUGUGGGGUUUGGCGGUUCACCCUGACGACGAAGUGUUCGCUACUGCAGGCCACGACAAGAACAUCGCCUUGUGGCGGAGGCAUAAGCUUCUAUGGACCACACAGGUGGGUUUUGAGUGUAUCUGUAUCGCCUUCCACCCGUUCGGCGUGGCACUCGCGGCGGGCUCGUCGGAGGGUCAUCUCUUGGUGUUGGCGGCCGACACCGGUGCCGCCGUUGCAACCCUGCGGGUGUGUGGGUCACCACUGUCUUGCAUCGGAUACAAUCCCACCGGAGAGAUAGUGGCCAUGGGUUCACAGAACGGCAGUGUAUACCUCUUCAGAGUAUCGCGAGAUGGAUUUUCAUACAAAAAGAGUAACAAGAUCCGUGGCACACAGCCAUUGAUUCAGCUCGACUGGAGUUCCGAUAGCCGUUUCCUUCAGACUGUCACCCAAGACUACGAUCUUGUAUUUUGGGAUGUCAAAGUGCUGUCGUCAGAAAAGAGUCCGUUGGUCAUGAAGGACGUCAAGUGGUACACUCAUAACUGUACUGUUGGUUACAUGGUUUCUGGUAUGUGGAAUAAUCGCUACUAUCCUCUAACGACGGUGGUUACCACUUCUAGCAGAUCAGCGGCUCACGAUAUGUUGGUUAGCGGAGACGCCGAAGGUUACUUAAGGCUUUUCCGAUACCCGUGUACCAGUGCUAAAGCAGAGUAUGUGGAGGAAAAGGUGUACAGCUCGCUGGUGGCGUGCGCCAGGUUCUUGUACAAUGACCAAAAUGUCGUCACUGUUGGCGGCACUGAUGCCGCUUUAAUGCUUUGGGAAUUAGUAGAUGAAUAGAAAGGGAGCAAAACUUGAGACAAAGUGAAAACUGAUGAUUGUUGCUUUUUUACUUUUGCUUUAUCAUUAACGUUGCGGCUCGUAUCUUCAGUACAGGAUGCUGCAUCGAUAUACAGGUCAGUAUGAUGCUUCCUACUCGCUGAUAAACGCGCGCAUUUAGACAUAAACUGCAUGCCGAUAUUUGCUGUCAGAAAAUCUUAUUGAAAAUCUAUAAGAUACGUAAAAUGAACCAAUAUUCAAUAUUGAUAGUGAAUAUUGAGACGCAACCAUAGAUAUCGCGCGGAUUUGGUGGUAUACUCAUUUUUAAAACAGUUUAUAUUCAUUUUUGUCAAUACAAAAUAUUAAAAUAUGCAAAUUAUUCUACUCUUCAAAUUUGAAAAUUUUGAUUUUCUUGGAUAAUAUAUUUCAUUAAACAUUAACUUAUUUUUUAUAAAAAUAUAUAUUAAUAUAAAUAUAUACCGAAGGUACAUGAGAUACGAGCUAAGAUGUAGAUGAUAGAGCAAAAAGAAAAAAGAAAAAGAAAGAUAUGUUUGAGUUACUUUGUACUGUAAAUUUUCUGUGUACUGACAUUUUGGUAAACUUGUACGUCGGGAGACAUUAUAUCUCUCCCUACACCAAUUUUGGGAUUUUUUCACAGAAUUGAAGAACUGAUUUCUACGAGCUGUCUUAUGAUCUAUAUUAAAAAAAUACGCAAACUAAACUAGAAGGAGAAAUUCAUAGCAUGCAAUCUUCAUUGUAUUGCGAUAAAAUCGGUGGGUUUAAGAUGGUUCGGAAAUAAGCUUUUCGAUUCUGUUGCGCAUACCUUCGAAUAUAUUUCGAGAAGAUUGUAUUUUGGAAUGUCAUCUCUUCCCGUACCGGCCUCGGGAUUAAUGACAAUUUUCCAAGCCAUUGUCCCUCUUUUUGAAGUUUCGAGAAGUUUUUCGUCAGGGACAAUUUUGCAUGUCUGUCGACGCAACGAAAUGUAAAAAAAAAAGCCACUUUUUAGCAGGCAUAACGUCCGUGUACCCGUAGAAUUCGAUAAGUACGGGGCGCUGGCGCUCCUUGGUAGAUUUUAAGGGACGAGGUAGGGCAGUGUGAGCAGUGAACUAAAAUCGCCCUCAAAAUUUAAAUGGAAGUAUAGUAAGAAUUGUCUAUAACAUUACUUAUAUAUUUACAUACACCUUGCAGAUGACUUUGACCCUCAAAUUCUAGACCAAUAUGUUCCAUAACGUUUUCAGUUGAAUUUAAUCCAGCAAAGAAAACGUCAUUGUAUUUUAAAAGUUCUAUUAUAUGCAUUUUUUCCAUUUACUAUAUUUUAACAUACUUAGGGUUUUGAAGCAUGUUUUCAAAUCAAAAUUUGUUUUCAAAUAAAAAUCGUAAACUACGACAUGUGAACAUCCGAAUUGUCAGCCUUAGGAUGUAAAAUAAGUGAGGGAGUUUUGAAAGUUCACUGAUUGUUACUCUAGCCUCAAUGCGAUUAGAUUUAAGCUGUCACUAGGAAGUCCAAUGGAAUGCACACACUCUCUCGGUCAAACAUGACGUUUGAAUUGGGAAUCGAAACCGGUAGAAUUUUGUUGGAGUCAAAUUCUCGUGCUAUAGAAAUAACGAGGCAUGCAAAGUGUGGCGAAUUAAUGCCUCAGAGAAAAUAUCAAUUCGGGAAAAAGUAUUUAAAGUACACAGAACGGAAUUUAUAUUAAAAAUAAAAACUAAACGAUCUUAUAUAUGUUAUGGUUAUAGCACAAAAAAUUUGAUUCCUCGCAAAAUUACAGCGGCUUCGAUCGUUGGCUUAAACACGGCCGCCGUCAUCCUUUGUAAGUUUACGCGAGUGUCGUGUAAACGUUUGUUUGUCGCGUGAAGAGCUGUUGCGGGUCAAUGCGCCUCUUCGUCGCCGCCCGGCCAUUUUUGUUCGCAUAUUUUUAGAGAGGAGAAUAAUAUUAAAAGAGGAAAAAAAUUGUAAUUAUAUAUAAAGUUAUAUAUAAAAGAGAAAGUGCGAGAGAAGAACACGUUUUUCGUAUAUUAUAACUGAUAAAGGUUCUUAUAGAUAUACGCUAUCGAUCACAAUUAUUUGCUCGCCCAUUCCUUCCGUCUUUUCUUUUUCGAAAAUGUACAUAAACAUCUUGAAAAAAGUAAUAUUUUUACUUAAAUAAUAUGUUCACUUAAAUCAAGCCCAACAGAUAAAUGCGAAUAGCAAUUCAGCCAGAAAUUCUGAAAAAAUUUUCUAGUAGAAUUCAGUUUAUUCUUCUGUAGGUGAGCAAACACUUAUGAGUGAUAGUGAACGAAAUCGACGGAAAAGGAAGAAGGACCUGUGAGAGAAAAGGCCGACGUAAAAUUUCUUCCUUUCUCGAAUAUAAACAGCAAAAAGAACAAAAAACGACGUAAUGGAAUGACCUUUAGCACACACACACAUACACACACACACACACACACACAUUUUUAAAAGAACAUAAAAGAACACAACAAACAUUUUUAAAAGAAUUCCUUUAAUUCUCAAUUUCUAAUGGAAAAGAAUCAAACCGGAGAACCUUUUUCUCUCAUAGCUUUUUCUUUACGUUUCUUGUAUUUACUGUCACAAUAGUGUUAAGAAGCGGUUUUUAGGAUCGUCACUGCCAAGGCAUCGAGCUUGAAAUUUUAUCGCGACUCUCUAAACAUCUAACAGAUUGACCUAUGAUGUCAAUUCCUUUUGUUUUCACGUUUAUUUGAUACUUUAUAAAAAUGCAGAUUGACACACAUUAUUAUUUAUCGAAGCUGUCAAUAGCGAGGCAACAUUUAACACGUAAUAGUAAAAUUUGUUUCAUCUCGGUUAUAAUAAAAAAAUAGGAACAAUCAAUUGGCGAUAAAAUCUUCAACGAUAUUAAGAUUAGAUUGCAACGAGUAAGUGAUAAGGUUCAAAAGAGGAACUUAAUUGUAUUGUUGGAUAAUAUUCGUGUUGGAUUCGAUGAACUUGCGCAAGAAUAUCGGGCAAUGCGUACGCAUGAUGAAAUUUCGAUUUUCGAUGCAGCCACGAGACAACAAAAAAAACGAAAAAAAAAAAACAAAUCGAAAAGCAGAUUCUGUUUGCGACGUAAUAUCGAAGUAAAAGUUAUUAAUGUAGAAUACGAUAAAGUUACAAUAAAUUCUGCACAUUACACUAAACGAAAUAUGAUUGCAGUAAUUUCUGUGACGUUAUUAUUCAUUUAGUCGAGUUACACACGAAAGUAAUAAUGUUUUAAAAGUUGCAAUAUUGGAAGUGAUCGUUCUUAAGGUAACAUAUAUAACGAUUACGGAUAAUAUUAUAGCAACAUAUAACGAUUACGAAUGACAUUAUAAUUGUUAUUAUAAAAUAAUAACAAUUAUUCGUAACUUAUAACGUUAAAAAUACAUUUAUUUGUAUGUAAUCUGAUAACUAAAAUAUUAUUUGCACAUAUAUAUGGUCUUAUUUGAUUUUUUCGGCUUAAUCGUCAGCUUUAAUCGAUAGAUUGGAAUUCGAGAUUUAUUUCUAACGAAUUUACAGAAGAAGAUUCAUAAUCACACUUCCAUGAUAUCGCUACAGUCGUUGAGUUCACAUGAAACUUUUCACGUUUCGGCCAAAUCUAGAAAACGAGGCGAUCAUCGAAUUGGUCCAUAUGUACUUAUAAUACGAUCUCUCAAAGUGAUUUCCUGAAGAUAGUAGUGAGAUUCGUACUUUGCUUAUAAGUGCUACUAUUUAAAAUAAUGCUGCACAUUUGAUAUUAAAUAUUAACAAAAGUGACAUAUGUGAUAGUACGUUGAAUUAAUCUUAAAGUCCUCUACAAUAUUAUGUAAAAAAAAGUGCACUGGGUCGAUACCAUUUCAAAAUUUCAAGGUGACCUUAAUUUCUUUAUGAAAAAAAAAUUUUUUUUACUGAGGAAAUAAAGCUCAGAUUUUCUAAAAAAAAAAAUACUAUAAAUUCAUCUACGCCAUCGAUCACUGCUAAAAUAAAAAAUUUCGUUUUACGGCCAAAAAAACAAUUUCACUACAGCCAAAGAAAUUAAUUUCAAUUUCAUUCAAUUUCAUAAAUGGCCUGAUAUAUCCACUUAUAGGAAGGAAGCUGGAGUCCAAAGAUUUAAUGAAAAGUUUUUCUUAUCAAGGAAACUUGAUAAGGAAAACUAUUUUAAUGUGGUUUUUAGAAAAAUCCUGUCUAAGGCUGAUUCCAGCAUCUCACCCGCUAAGUUCUUUGUAUAACACACCAUCUUAAGGCUUUAAUAGCUGCCAGAUAGCACAGAGAAUUCAAAAAAAAGAAUUCAGUCGUAUGUCACUAAUUCUGAGUUUAUUUUCAGAUGCAAAAAGAAUUCUUCAGAGUUCAGUUCAGUGAAAAAAAUUAUUUUUGCAUCUAAAAAGUGAACUCAGAAUUGAUGACAGAAUUUUUUUUUAAUUCUCUGUGCUAUCUGGGUGGAUUCUGCAACUCGUUAACUGUCGUUAACGACACUAUUACUAACACUGUGUGUCGUUGGGCAUUUUUUCUAACAUACUAUAUCUGCGCGACGUUAAUAUUAAUUCAUUAACGAUAAAUUAAUGAGUUACAGAAUCGCACUGCGGGAGUCUUAAUUAACAGCACAUGCUCGGUCCAGAUAUUCUAUCAAUAUUUUGUUUUUGCUUAUUGAAUUAA